AUGCAAAGGGACAAAGAGUCGCUUUAUGACUAUUGGACUAGGUUCAAGAGAUUGUUGGAAUCUUGUCCCCAUCAUAGGAUGGAUGCUCAUUUGCUCAUUAGCUACUUUAGUGGAGGCCUUUGUGCUCAAGACAAGAGGCUUCUUGAUGCAUCAAGUGGUGGCUCUCUUGUUAAAUACAAGACGGUGGAUGAGGCAUGGAGAUUGAUUAAUGAUGUUGCCGAAACUACUCAACAUGCUAGAGUGAGAAAUAAUCCUCCAAGGAGUGUGACGGAAGCAUCUCCUUCCGAUUCGGCUUUUACUAAGGCGCUUGGGGAGAUGACCACUCUUUUCAAGGAAAUUCAUCAAGGACAAAAAGCAUCUUCAUCCAUCCAAGCCAUUCAAGCCCCACCUCAAAUUCUUCAAAUUGAAGGACCUCUAAGGGUGUGUGAAGCUACCAAGAAGCCAAAGGAAAGUGACGAGAAACAAGCUGAAGAAGAGGCAGCCAAUGAGGAAGAUGUAACAGCAAGCAAGCAGCCUCAAAAUCAGCCUCAAGAAAAGGAAGACCAGGCACCAAAAUCAAGAAAAGAGAAGGAAGCAAUGGGAGAGUCAACGAAGGAACAAAGGCAGGAAGUGAACUUCACACCUCCAUUGCCCUAUCCUCAAAGGUUCAGCAAAGAGACUAAGGACCAACACUUUCCAAAAUUUCUUGAAGUCUUCAAGAAAUUGGAGAUAAACAUUCCACUGACUGAAGCAUUAGAACAGAUGCCCCUGUAUGCAAAAUUCUUGAAAGAGCUUAUCAACAAGAAGAGGAGUUGGCAAGAAAAGGAGACUAUACUUCUCACUGAAGAAUGUAGUGCUGUGAUUCAAGGAUGUAUUCCACCAAAGCUCACAGAUCCAGGGAGCUUUGUAGUUUCAUGCACCAUAGGCAAAAUGACCUUAGAUAAAGCUCUCUGUGACCUUGGUGCUAGCAUUAAUCUGAUGCCGUUAUCAAUGAUAAGAAAGCUUACCAUAGAAGAACUCAAACCUAAUGGCAUUGCAAUCAAUACACCCAAUGGCAUUGUGGAAAAUUUGUUAGUAAAGGUUGGGGAGUUUAUUUUCCCUGCAGACUUUGUAAUUUUAGAUACAUAG